CACCAUGAUGUAAACAGAAAUGCGCAUUAGGAGACAUUAAGACAUGAAUGAGCUUAUUUAACGACAACAGUACACCAAUUAUCUGUUCGCUUUAACUACCCGGUUAUACGCUCCACUCCCCCACACCUGAUUGGUGGAAAACACAAGGUUAAAGUUGAGAAAUAGGCGGAACUGAAGGGAAAACUCAACUUUUCUGGUUUAAGCUAAUGUAAUAACCACGCAGCUACAGUGUUGUUAUGUUAUUGCGGUCUCUAAUAGGGAGUGCCUGCACCCUAGGUGUAUUUGGAGCAGCAGCCGCCUACAAGUCUGCACCUGUGAAAGUCCAUGCCCAAGUAGCCGCUUUUCUUCACACCCCAAUAAGGAAAUCCGCCUUGGUGGAACAAGCAAAUAUGAAGAUAGAGCUUCUCCCAGCACUCAGCGACAACUACAUGUACCUACUGAUUGAUGAAGACACAAAAGAAGCAGCGAUUGUUGACCCUGUUGAGCCAGUAAAGGUUGUAGAGGCCAUCAGAAAACAUGGUGUAAGACUCACAACAGUCCUGACCACUCAUCAUCAUUGGGAUCACGCUGGUGGAAAUGAGAAGAUGGUCAGACUAAUUCCUGGGCUGAAGGUCUAUGGAGGCGAUGACAGAGUUGAUGCCCUUACAAAGAAAGUCUCUCACUCCAGCACUUUCAAAAUUGGCACUCUCAAUGUUAAAUGCCUCUUUACUCCAUGUCACACAACUGGUCACAUCUGCUACUAUGUGACAAAAGAAAGCAGCACUGACCCACCAGCUGUUUUCACAGGGGACACGCUGUUUGUGGCUGGCUGUGGUAAAUUCUUUGAAGGUACAGCAGAGCAGAUGUACAAAGCCUUGAUAGAAAUUCUGGGACGGCUGCCUCCUGAAACACGUGUUUACUGUGGUCAUGAGUACACUGUCAGCAAUCUGAAAUUUGCACGUCAUGUGGAACCAGACAAUGAGGUUAUUCUGAAGAAGCUCGCAUGGGCUAAGGAGAAAUACAACGAUGGAGAGCCUACCAUCCCCUCCACAGUGGCGGAUGAGUUCACAUUUAACCCUUUCAUGAGAGUAAAGGAGAAGUCGGUACAAGACCAUGUAAAACAGACAGAGCCUGUUGAAACCAUGAGAAGUCUUCGGAAAGAAAAAGAUGGCUUCAAGGUGCCCAAAGAUUGAUGCCCAAUGCCCUCAUGCUACCACAGCUUACUGUCACAGCACUACAAGCCGUCCGUGGAAACAAAAUAACUUUGGUCCAUUUUAAGAGCUUAAACUUGAAACACCAUAUUCACUCUGUCAUUACAGGGUCAUGUUUUCUUCUCUCUGUGUCCAGACCUAACAUGAUAAUAAGUUUAUUUCAUCCAAACAAAAUCAUCAUCGUUUUAGCUAUAGUAAGCAGUGUUGACCUAAUAGAAUGUAUAAAUGUAUAUGUGCACAGUCAGUGAAUGCUUUUAAUUUAAAAAAAAAAAAAGCUCUUUAAUUUGUAAAUGCACAGUUUAAGCAUGGACAGCAUUAAGAGUCAGUACAGUAAUAAUUUGCUGUAAUAUAUUGAUGUGCAAAUGCUGUUUCACUGUGUUGAAAUGUGUGAAGCCAGAGCUGAAAACUUUAAAGAUCCAGUGCAAUGACUUUAACUCAGGAAAAAUUGUAUUUUGAUUUCUAAGUCAAUGAAUAUAUUUGUUUUGGGUUUUUCAUCCAGUUUUUGAUGCUUAGAUGGUAGAGUUUAUAGCUCUGAGGAGAGCCUAACCAUCCCUUUAAUUGUGCCACUUAAUGGAUACCUUUUUUUUUUUUCCUUUGGGGAACAACCAUCCAGUGUUGGAGCAUAAACACCCAGCAUGAAGAUUUGAUUUCUGGUUAUUGCUUGACAGACAAGGGGCCUAAAUAGCUAUGCAUAAUGUUGCCCGGUUAGAGCACUCACUAAACUCUGGUUGAAUCUGGCAGAUCAUUCAUGCCACGACAUAGAUUGGAUUUCACAAUAUUUAAUUCUGUUGACAGCCCAUAUAAAGAGGUUUUCAAAGGCCAGUCAUAUGUAUGUAGUGCUGACAGUUUCACUAGAUCCUCUAUUAAAAUGUAUCCUGAAACAGAAAUGCAGCUCCCUUUGCACUGGAGCUUUAACAAGGUAGGGAGAUGCGUGAGCCACAGUGUAACGUGAAAUUUCUGUAAAUUAAUGAGGUGAUCCCUUUGUCACUUAUUUAUCAUAAUACAAAAACGCUUUCUUAUGAAAUUGUUUAAUGUCUUUGAUAAUUGUUUCGAAUCAGUUUUGUCAGCUUUCAUAAAGGCCUAACUUAAUUUUGCAGGAACGGUCUUGUCUUUUCAUUUAUCCAGUUCACCAAUCAUUACCUGCCCUGGUAAAAAGUUAAUCGAUCCUUUCUCCUCUGUAUGUUAAUUUCCAACUUUACAUGGAGUCUUGCAUGACGCUGUUUACAGUAAAGCAAUAAAACACGUUCGGUGUAUAAAACGAUGACA